CAAAUUCAUGCUUCGUUAUAUUGAAGAAAAAUCGCCCCUUGGCAAAGCAACAGAUAAGGUCAGAGGUCGUGUGGUGUGCAUUGUUUAGAAUGUACAGAGCUGUAUUCACCAAGUAUCCACUCAACAGACUCCCUCUACUGCAAGUGUUCAAGCGAAUGGCAACUUCCCCGAAGAGUAAGAGGAUCAAGUUGGAUGAUGGGGAGAGGCAAAGUGAAGGAUUUGUGGCUCUAAUAACAGCAGGAUGGAAGACUGUUGAGGGGAGAGAUGCCAUUCAGAAAGAGUUUACAUUCAAGGACUUCAGUGAAGCGUGGGGGUUCAUGUCACGAGUGGCACUCAAGGCUGAGCAAAUGAACCACCACCCGGAAUGGUUCAAUGUGUACAACCGUGUGGAUGUCACCCUCUCCACACACGAUUGUCAGGGCCUCUCUCUCAGAGACAUCAAAUUAGCCACCUUUAUAGAAGAUAUUGUCAAUUAACUGCGUUUGCUGUUAUAGCUAUUAUAAUAAGUUGUGUAUCCCCUCAUACCGAUUAUAUACUAUAUCAUGUGUUAACAAAGUCAA